AUGGAGUUAGCUCACAGUUUACUACUUAAUGAAGAAGCAUGUAACCAGCUUGGUGAAUUUCAAAAAGCAGAAUUCAUUUUCGAAUGGUUACAGUUUUUGGAAAAACUUUUACCAGCGACUAGCAGAGCUGAUAUAAGGGAAAAUCAGAAGAAACUGGUUGAACAGUUGACUUCUUUAUUAACCAGUUCACCAGGACCUCCUACCAGGCGGCUGGUUGCCAAGAAUUUAGCUGUACUUUAUAGCACUGGAGACACUUUUUCUGUUUACCAAACAAUUGACAAAUGCAAUGAACUCAUUCGGAGUAAAGAUGAUUCACCAAGUUAUCUGCCUACGAAACUUGCUGCGGUGGUAUGCUUGGGCUAUUUGUACAAAAAAUUGGGAAGAAUUUUGGGAAACAGUUUUACUGACACCGUUGGGAAUGUGCUUAAAGCAAUGAAGAAUGCAGAGUCUCAAGGUCGUUAUGAAAUCAUGCUUAGUUUGCAAAAUAUAUUAAAUGGUUUAGGAGCUGCUGCUAUCCCCUGUCAUAGAGAUAUUUACAAAGCUGCCCGGUCAUGUCUGACUGAUCGAUCCAUGGCGGUCCGCUGUGCUGCUGCAAAGUGUCUUCUUGAACUUCAGAAUGAAGCAGUAUUUAUGUGGAGUACAGACCUGGACAGUGUUGUGACCUUGUGUUUUAAAUCCUUUGAAGGUUCCAAUUACGAUGUGCGAUUAGCAGUUUCAAAACUUUUAGGCACAGUGCUGGCUAGAGCUCUAACAUCUAAACAGACAUCAGCAUCCACCAGGCAUAACAUGCGCAGAAUCUCUUUGGAAGAAGUGAUGGAGCUCUUGGGAACUGGAUUUCUGCGUGGAAGUUCUGGAUUUCUCCGGGCCAGUGGCGAUAUGUUGAAAGGGACCAGUUCAGUCAGCAGAGAUGUUAGAGUUGGAGUCACUCAGGCGUAUGUGGUAUUUGUCUCUACAUUAGGAGCACAAUGGCUUGAAAGGAACUUCUCUGCCUUCCUUUCCCAUAUUCUAGAUCUGGUGUCUCCGUCUCACCCUAAGGCUAUUCAGAGUCAGAUGGAUGCUAUCGGUUGUCGCCGCUGUGUUUCGUUUAUCCUUCGAGCUACAGUAGGAGGCCUUCUCGGGGAAAAAGCUCAAAUUGCAGCUGCCAAGGAGAUUUGUCAGGCCAUCUGGAAACUGAAGAAAGUUGUGGAUGCUGCAAUGAGUGACAGUAAUUUGGAAACAAGAACUAGUACAACAGAUGUAACAGCAAGUCAGCAUGUGCUGGUGUGUGCGCUUCAGGAACUCGGAAGUCUCAUCCACAGCUUAGGAACUACAGCAGCACCGUUACUGCAAGACUCCAGCGCAGCUGUUCUGGAAGCAGUAAUUUCUGUCAUUGUUCAUCCCAGCAUUUCAGUGAGACUAACAGCAGCUUGGUGUUUACGCUGUAUUGCGGUAGCAUUGCCUUCCUAUGUGUCCCUGCUGCUGGAUCGGUGCAUUGAACGUCUUGGUGUGUUGAAAUCGUCCCCAGAAGCAGUAACUGGCUACAGUUUUGCUGUUGCUGCUUUGCUGGGUGCAGUAAAACACUGUCCUUUGGGAAUUCCACAUGGAAAAGGGAAGGUAAUCAUGACAGUAGCAGAGGAUUUGUUAUGUUCUGCUUCUCAAAACAGUCGCAUGUCGCUGCAGCGAACACAGGCUGGAUGGCUGUUGAUAGCUGCCCUCAUGACAUUAGGUCCUGCAGUUGUCCAGCACCAUCUGCCACGAAUGCUGUUACUGUGGAAGUGCAUAUUUCCCUUAUCUCCUAAAGACCUAGAAACAGAGAAGACACGGGGAGAUUCAUUUACCUGGCAAGUAACACUGGAAGGUCGUGCUGGUGCUCUCUGUGCUAUGAAAAGCUUUGUUUCCCACUGUGCUGGUCUUCUAAUGGAUGAAGUUGUUCAGAGACUUCUUCCUCCUCUCCCAAGUGCUGUUGAUUUAUUGACACAGCUUUCCUCAAUAUAUAAAUCCUAUGGAAAUUCUUUAAAAACACCGUCAACAGUUUACAGACAUAAACUUUAUGAAUUACUAGCAGUAUUGCCUCCAAAGACCUAUGAAGGAAGCUUCUGUGCUGUUCUGAAAGAGUUAGUGGCUGACUUGACUGUCCCCGAUAGCCAGAUUGAUGCCUCUACAUUCUUACUUCCACCCCUUUGUCAUGAGAAUGAUCUGCUUUUACUUGGUCCCUUACUGCAGGAAACUGACCACCGAUUUAUCGAAGAGCAGCUCCUUUUAGGUAACAGCAUAGCUGGUGGCAGCCUGGAGUACGACCCUUACUCAAUUUAUGAGAAAGUUGUAAACGGUGAUUCAGUACCUAAACCACUACCUCCUGUAUUGUCUGUUAUCAGUGCGGCAACUCGUCUCUUUGGAGUUAUGUUUUCACAUUUAGCAGAAUCUCAAAGGCUUCAGGUGUUAGAACAGUUGUUGAAUUCCAUAAAGCAAACAAAAGGAUCCCGGCAACAAAUAAUACAGCUAAACGUAGUGUCAGCCUUUUCUACUUCCUUAAAGCACUUGGCGAACUGCAAGGGAAGCUUAGGUCCAGAAGAAGUCAGAAGGUCUGCCCUGACGUUGGUAAUGGGUGCCUUGGAAAGCAAUAAUGCACUGCUAAGAUGUGCUGCUGCAGAAUGCUUGGCCAGAUUGGCACAGGUGGUUUCUGACAGUGCCUUCACCGCUGGGUUAGCACAAGUCAGUUUUGACAAGCUAAAAUCUGCUAGGGAUGUGGUGUCAAGAACAGGUCAUUCUUUGGCUCUGGGAUGUCUCUAUCGGUACCUAGGAGGAAUAGGUUCUACUCAGCACCUGAACGCAUGUGUUGGAAUCCUUUAUACUUUAUCUCAGGACAGUACUUCUCCUGAUGUACAGGCGUGGGCACUACACUCGUUGUCACUGAUAGUAGAUUUAGCUGGCCCCUUGUAUCAUGUGCAUGUGGAACCCACCUUAUCUCUUGUUCUCAUGUUGUUGCUGACUGUGCCUCCUGCUUACGCUGAAGUUCACCAAAGCCUUGGUCGCUGUUUAAAUGCACUUAUCACCACCCUGGGCCCCGAGUUGCAAGGCAGCAGUACGACAGUUUCAGCCUUAAGAACUUCCUGCCUGCUGGGCUGUGCAGUGAUGCAGGAUAAUCCCGACUGCCUUGUGCAGGCUCAGGCCAUCUCUUGCCUUCAGCAGCUUCACAUGUUUGCUCCCCGCCACGUCAACUUGUCCAACCUUGUGAGCUGCCUGUGUGUGAAUCUGUGUAGUUCCUACUUACUACUGAGACGUGCGGUGGUAGCGUGCUUACGUCAGCUUGUGCAAAGAGAAGCUGCUGAGGUAUCAGAAUACGCUGUUGCAUUAGUUAAAGAAAGCAAAGAAGAUUUUACUGCAGCCUUUGGUGGGGUUUCUGUGGUCAGUACUGCAGUUUUGUCAUGUACAGCAUGCAGCUCACAGGAUUUGUUCUUAGCAGAUGUUAACAUCAGAGAAAUAGGCCUGGAGGGAGCAUUGCUGAGCUUGCUGGACAAAGAACUGGAUCAAAGAUUGUGCCAAGAUAUCAAAGAGACUCUGACUCAUAUGCUUACUUCAAUGGCAGUGGCAAAGCUCUCUUUUUGGCUGAAGCUUUGUAAAGAUGUUCUUGCUGCCUCAGCUGAUUUCAAUACAGUAGCUUCAGUAGAUACCACCCAAGAAGAGGAAACUGCCAAAGUCGAUGAUGCAUCUAUAUUAACGUCUGACAUGGAUGAGAGGUUCCAUCCUUUCAGUAAUCCACGAUGGUCCACCAGAGUUUUUGCUGCAGAGUGUGUCUGUAAAAUUGUAAGUCAGUGUGAAAAUGCUGGCAGAGCCCAUUUUGACAUCACUUUGGCUCAGGAGAGAAAACAACGUGAUUCAAGAGAUGACUUUUUGGUAUUGCAUUUAGCUGACUUGAUCCGUAUGGCUUUUAUGGCCGCCACAGAUCACAGUGAUCAACUUCGUCUUUCUGGGCUUCAAACAUUGCUAAUAGUUGUUCGGAAGUUUGCAGAUGUUCCAGAACCAGAGUUUCCAGGUCACGUAAUUCUGGAGCAGUAUCAAGCCAAUGUUGGAGCAGCACUUAGGCCUGCCUUUGCUCCCGAAACUCCUCCUGAUGUCACAGCAAAAGCAUGUCAGGUAUGCAGUGCCUGGAUAGCAAGUGGUGUAGUAAGUGAUCUUAAUGACCUUCGAAGAGUUCACCAGUUGCUUGUAUCCUCCUUGGUCAAAGUGCAGGCUGGGAAAGAAGCACAAAGUCAACAAUAUAAUGAAAGCACCUCAACUAUGGAGAUACUGGCUGUGCUUAAGGCUUGGGCAGAGGUCUACAUAGUUGCAGUUGAAAAGCAGAAAAAUCCAAGUGAUGCGCAUAAUCACUGUUUAAAACUUGCAAACUCUGCGGAAGAAAGCUACGGAGAUGUAAUAUCUUCAGCCAGUGGACUUCUAGACUUAGUACAGGCAGAUAUUGGAACCCUAAGCAAGCUCUGGCUUGCUGCACUUCAGGAUUUUGCUCUCUUAACUUUGCCUUCAGAAUAUGCAUCACAACUACCUGCUGAGGGUGGUACAUUUUAUACAGCAGAGACAAUUGAAAAUGCCAGACCUCAUUACUACAACUCCUGGGCACUGAUACUAUAUGCUACAGCAUUAUGGCUUACCAGCACGGGUUUCAUUGUGGUUGAUCCAGAUGAAGGAGUUACUAAUCUCUCUAGACCUGUCACCCCAACUACAAUGUGUCAAGAUUCUUCUACUAGGCCCUUGGUGAAAUCUCCGGAGGAUGUGAAUACUGACCGAUUUCAUCUUAUCUUGGGAAUUAGUGUGGAAUUUCUCUGCUCUCCCCGAUCAGAUGCAGCAAUGGAGAACAUUAUCGCCUGCUUACGUGCGCUACAGGCACUUUUUGAUGUUCCAUGGCCGAGAUCUAAAAUAGGUGGUGAUCAGGAGUUGGGUGUGGAGCUGCUGAAUGUUUUGCAUCGACUGAUACUGACCAGAGAAUCACCUGAUAUUCAGCUUGCUGCCCUGGAAGUGGUUCGUCUGAUUCUUUUUGCAGCUCAGGAACAUGUGAAGGAGAAGCGGAGAAGUGCAGAAGUUGAUGAUGGUGCUGCAGAAAAGGAAACAUUACCAGAAUUUGGAGAAGGCAGAGACACAGGAGGACUGGUGCCUGGGAAGUCAUUAGUCUUUGCAACGCUGGAGUUGUGCGUUUGUAUUCUUGUCAGACAGCUUCCCCAGCUCAACCCGAAAUUAACUUAUAGCCCCGCAGUUCAAUCUCGAAAACAUCUGCUAUUGUCAGAAGAUGGAAGUAGACUGGUAGCAGCAGCAUUAGUUAUUCUCUCUGAUGUUCCUGCAAUCUGCUCUCCUGAAGGAAGUGUUUCAGUUCUUCCUACUAUCUUAUACUUAAUUAUUGGAGUACUUAAAGAAACUGCUGUGAAAUUGCGAGAUGGUCAGUUACCAUUGACAGUUGCUGCAUCUCUACAAGCUCUUAAAGGACUCUUGUCGUCUCCGAUGGCUCGAGCAGAGAAGAGUCGGACUGCUUGGACUGAUCUUCUACGUAGCGCUUUGGUCACAGUGCUUGACUGUUGGGAUGAAGGUGAGUACAAAUUUGGAGAACUUGAUGAAGUUAGCCUGCUUACUGCUAUUACAGUAUUUGUUGUAUCUACCAGUCCAGAAGUUACUACCCUAGAGUGCCUUCAAAAGCGUUGUAUUGAGAAGUUUCAAAUAACACUCGACUCAAAAGAUCCUCUUGUACAGUAUAAGUGCUACCAGCUGCUACACUCCAUCUUUCAGCAUCCAAACAAAACGGUGUCGUAUCCUUAUAUUCAUUCUUUAGCACCAUCCAUUGUGGGAAAACUGCAGGAAACAGAAAAAGCAAAACCUGAAAAUGCUGCUGAACUUCAGGUCAUUCAGGAGGGAAUAAAGGUGGUUACAGCUCUUACAGCCACCGCUGAGGAAGAGCACCGUGUUCAUUUGGUUGCCUGCCUUCUUCCCAUUCUUAUUUCCUUUCUUUUGGAUGAAAAUGCCCUGGUUUCUGCUACAAACUCAGCAAAAAAUCUGCAUGAGUUUGCUCUGCAAAAUCUGAUGCAGAUUGGUCCGCAGUACUCGUCUGUUUUUAAAAAGCUAAUGGCUUCCUCUCCAACUAUGAAAGCCAGGCUUGAGUCAGCUGUGAAAGGCAAUCAAGAAAGCAUCAAAGUGAAGACUGCUAAGCAUGCCAAGAACCCUGGGAAGAGUUCAAGCAUUCAGCUGAAGACCAAUUUUCUCUAAAGUCUCAUAUUGUCAUUUUAUGCACUUCCAUAUCAACAGCAAAAAAGGUCCCUUUUAAUUUCUAAAUAGAGUAGGAUCACUGUGAGUUGAUCUCAUAUAUUUCAGUUUGCACUCAAGUAUCACAGAAAGUUUUUCAGAGAGAACAAAUCUCUAGAUAACUUUCUGGUACUGUAAGAUUUCUUAAACAUCGCUAAACACUAUGAAUAAAUUGUAUCAGAGGUCAUCUAAUCUACUUUUUUUUAAUUUUUGGAUUAUAAUAUCACAUAUGCACAUACCUAU